AUGUUUGGACUGGGGGCCAGUGCUCAUUUCCCUGAGGCCGGAUCCUGGUGGCAUGACCCGCCGCCGCUAGCCUCAGCAGAAUCCCCUUGGGAUGUGACGGGAAUCGCUGCUUGGCAGAAGCAUCUGGAGGAGGAGACAGAGCUGAGUCCACUGGAAGGAGAUAGCGCAGAACUUCUGGAAGCGGAGGACCCCGAGCUGGAGGCCAUCAAGGCCAAGAUUCGAGAGAUGGAAGAGGAGGAGGAGGAGAGAGUCCAAGGCUUGCAGACAGAGGCAAAGCACUUCCUCAUGGGCCCAGGGUUGCAGGCAGGUCUUCCUUUCCCUUGCAUGACAGAGGAAAAAGCAGAAGUUGACCAACGCUCCAUCUACGUGGGAAAUGUGGAUUACGGUGGAACUGCGGAAGAGCUGGAGUCCCAUUUCAACAGCUGUGGGGAGAUCAACCGAGUCACCAUCCUUUGUGAUAAGUUCUCUGGCCACCCGAAGGGAUAUGCCUACAUUGAGUUUGCGGACAAGAGGUCUGUGCAGGCAGCCGCGGCACUGGACGAGAGCACUUUCCGAGGGAGACUCAUCAAGGUGCUUCCAAAGAGGACCAACAUGCCGGGAAUCAGCACCACGGACCGUGGAGGUUCUCGGGGCCGUUUCCACAGCCGAGGGGUUCUGCCUCACCGGGCUGGCUUCUGCAGAGGACCACGUUCAAGGCCACAUGGGGGAAGGGUGUACAGGGGACGUGGAAGGAUAGUACCUUGGUAUACACCCUACUAG